AUGAGCGCCGAUAACACUCAGAAGAACAAGGACAGAACUCCAAGACAUGUCGCUCCAUAUCAUAGUUAUAAAUUUCUUUCUUUCUUCCUUCCUUACUUUCUUUCUUUUUUCUUUCUUUCUUUCUUCACCAGCAUUAUUUAUCGUUUUCAUAGUCACUGCUUUCUUUCUUUUUUUCUUUCUUUCGCCUGCUUUCUUUCUUUCUUUAUUUAUUUCUUCACCAGCACUAUUGCUUGUUUUCAUAGUAUCUGCUGUCUUUUUUUCCUUCUCGUUCUUUCUUUCUUUUUUCUUUCUUUCUUUAUUUCUUCACCAGCACUAUUGCUUGUUUUCAUAGUAUCUGCUGUCUUUUUUCCCCCUCGUUCGUUCUUUCUUUCUUUCUUUCUUUCUUUCUUUACUAGCAUUAUUGUUUAUUUUUAUAAUCACUGCUUUCUUUCCCUUUUCACUUUUUUCUUUCUUCAGCAUUAUCGCUUGUUUCUCUGCAUUCGUUUUUUUUUCUUAUCACCAGCUCUACUUUCUUUUAAUUCGGUUUCUUUCAUAUUUUUCUUUCUUUCUUUCUUUCUUUUUCUUUCUUUCUUUUCUUUCUUUCUUUCUUUCUUUUAUCACCACUUUUCUCUUGUUUCAUAUUUUUCUUUCUUUCUUUCAUUUCCACUUGUCUGGUAUUCUUCUUUCUUUGUUUCUUUUUUCUUUUAUUUCUGCUUGUUUCUUUUUUCUUUCUUUCUUCCUUCAUUUCUUUCUUUCUUUCUUUCUUUUUUUCCUCUCUCUCCCUCUCCCUCUCACUCUUUCUAUCUAUCUAUCUAUAUGCAUUCUUUACCCGAGUCUCAGAUCUCUGUUACGUUCAGCAUCCUUUACCCGAGUCUCAGAUCUCUGUUUCGUUCAGCAUCCUUUACCCGAGUCUCAGAUCUCUGUUUCGUUCAGCAUCCUUUACCCGAGUCUCAGAUCUCUGUUUCGUUCAGCAUCCUUUACCCGAGUCUCAGAUCUCUGUUUCGUUCAGCAUUCUUUACCCGAGUCUCAGAUCUCUGUUUCGUUCAGCAUCCUUUACCCGAGUCUCAGAUCUCAGUUUCAUUCAGCAUCCUUUAUCCGAGUUUCAGAUCUCUGUUUCGUUCAGCAUCCUUUAGCCGAGUCUCAGAUCUCUGUUUCGUUCAGCAUCCUUUACUCGAGUCUCAGAUCUCUGUUUCGUUCAGCAUCCUUUACCCGAGUCUCAGAUCUCUGUUUCGUUCAGCAUCCUUUACCCGAGUCUCAGAUCUCUGUUUCGUUCAGCAUCCUUUGCCCGAGUCUCAGAUCUCUGUUUCGUUUCAGCAUCCUUUACCUGAGUCUCAGAUCUCUGUUUCGUUCAGCAUCCUUUACCUGAGUCUCAGAUCUCUGUUUCGUUCAGCAUCCUUUACCCGAGUCUCAGAUCUCUGUUUCGUUCAGCAUCCUUACCUGAGUCUCAGAUCUCUGUUUCGUUCAGCAUCCUUUACCUGGAGUCUCAGAUCUCUGUUUCGUUCAGCAUCCUUUGCCCUGAGUCUCAGAUCUCUGUUUCGUUCAGCAUCCUUUACCCGAGUCUCAGAUCUCUGUUUCGUUCAGCAUCCUUUACCCGAGUCUCAGAUCUCUGUUUCGUUCAGCAUCCUUUACCCGAGUCUCAGAUCUCUGUUUCGUUCAGCAUCCUUUACCCGAGUCUCAGAUCUCUGUUUCGUUCAGCAUCCUUUACCCGAGUCUCAGAUCUUUGUUUCGUUCAGCAUCCUUUACCCGAGUCUCAGAUCUCUGUUUCGUUCAGCAUCCUUUACCCGAGUCUCAGAUCUCUGUUUCGUUCAGCAUCCUUUGCCCGAGUCUCAGAUCUCUGUUUCGUUCAGCAUCCUUUGCCUGAGUCUCAGAUCUCUGUUUCGUUCAGCAUCCUUUACCUGGAGUCUCAGAUCUCUGUUUCGUUCAGCAUCCUUUACCCGAGUCUCAGAUCUCUGUUUCGUUCAGCAUCCUUUACCUGAGUCUCAGAUCUCUGUUUCGUUCAGCAUCCUUUACCUGAGUCUCAGAUCUCUGUUUCGUUCAGCAUCCUUUGCCGAGUCUCAGAUCUCUGUUUCGUUCAGCAUCCUUUACCCGAGUCUCAGAUCUCUGUUUCGUUCAGCAUCCUUUGCCCGAGUCUCAGAUCUCUGUUUCGUUCAGCAUCCUUUACCCGAGUCUCAGAUCUCUGUUUCGUUCAGCAUCCUUUGCCCUGAGUCUCAGAUCUCUGUUUCGUUCAGCAUCCUUUACCUGAGUCUCAGAUCUCUGUUUCGUUCAGCAUCCUUUGCCCGAGUCUCAGAUCUCUGUUUCGUUCAGCAUCCUUUGCCCGAGUCUCAGAUCUCUGUUUCGUUCAGCAUCCUUUACCCGAGUCUCAGAUCUCUGUUUCGUUCAGCAUCCUUUACCCGAGUCUCAGAUCUCUGUUUCGUUCAGCAUCCUUUACCCGAGUCUCAGAUCUCUGUUUCGUUCAGCAUCCUUUACCAGAGUCUCAGAUCUCUGUUUCAUUCAGCAUCCUUUAUCCGAGUCUCAGAUCUCUGUUUCGUUCAGCAUCCUUUACCCGAGUCACAGAUCUCUGUUUCGUUCUCAACUUCUUCCUGGCAAAUCGCUGUGUCUUCUGAACCACCAGAAACUUCUAUUUUCCUUUAUGUUCGUUGA